CGUCGCGUAAAUUAAAAAGUAACAAGCUAGCUAAAGUGAUGGUCGACAGCUCAUCGUUACGUUGUUUUCGAUGAUAUUUACAUAGUUUAUAUCUUUAACAAUAGUAGUGUAGUGAUCUAAUUUAACACGCCACGAUGUGGGAUCCAACUCAUGUUCAAGUUACUAUUCAAAGAGCUCGAGGUCUUUUGAUUAAAGGUAAAAACGGUACGAAUAACUGUUUUGUUACGAUCGCUCUCGGCAAAGAUAAAUUCCAAACUUCCGUCAAACACAAAGCGACCCAGAAUGUCGAAUGGACUGAGGAAUGUGAGCUACGAAUACCGACACAGGGAAAUACAGCUGAGAUUGUACUAAAAGUCUACGAUGAAGACUUAUUAAAGGACCAUUUAUUAGGUCAAGUAUCGAUUCCGUUAAAAGACCUCGAAGUUUAUAAGGGGCCCAGAAGCCGUUGGUACACCCUACAGGGUAAAUCAGGUAAAGAAAAUGAUAAACCGAGAGGGGAAUUGGAGGUCAUUAUCUCCUUUACUGUAAAAGAAGGAAGUUUGACUGACUUAAGCAAAAAAGAUAAACACAGGUCAUCUUUGUCCAGUAUUGCCCAGAAUGUCGGGGGCAGUCUUAUGAGCAUUGGCAGUAUUGAGAAACGUAAAAGUAUUAAAAAGUUUGCCAAGAAUCUUGGCUCUAAGAUGAACUUAAACAAGAAAGAUAAGAAAAGUGACUCAUCCUCUCUGAGUGGCAGUAUUGGUAAUCUCAAGACGUCAACAUUCUCCACUCCUGAACAUUCAACACCCAAAAGAUUGGCUGGAGAAGCUGAUCCUGGUGUCAUUAGUGAAGAUGAUGAUGAGUUUGCAUUUGAUGAUUUAUCUCAUAAAAGCUCUGGAAGCUCCCUCAAUGUUCAAACUCUACCAAGAGGUCACAAAUACACUCCCUCUCCAGUUAAUGCCUCACUAGAGAACUUAGGAGGUGGGGAGUUUUUGAGGAGAUCUACAAGUAGUAACUUAGCCAUCCCAGAGAAGUUGGCUCCACAAAAACCAGUGCGCUUGAGUCUUGAUACUUUUGUUCCACCUCAACUACCAGAGCAAGUUAUUGAUAAGAAUGAUGAGUGGUCCCAAAAACUUUAUUCCAAACGAAAGUCUACCAGUCAAUUAGCUAUUGAUAGAGAAAAAUCCUCCAGUCUAGAGAGAAACAAGAAACUUGACAGUCCAAGUUCUUUAAAAGAAAAACCAAGUCCAAAAUUCUUUAAAAAGUUUGGUAAUAACAAUAAACAAAAGAAGUUGUUGGAAGAACGCAUUAUUGUAGGUGAAGAGAAUAUUGCCGAAGAAGAUUCUAUUAACCUAGCAUUUAAUAACAUUCCUAAAUCAGUUCAAAAAGACUUUGAUGGCAAAUCUAAAGAGGACCUCAUUGUUAUGGUCUACAAUUUGCAAAAGGAUGUUGAGUAUGAGAAGAAGAAAAAUAAGGACUUGGAGAACUAUCUUGAUGAACUGCUGCUCAGAGUAAUGGAAACCACACCGAGAAUCUUACAGAACCCAUAUGUCCGAAAUAACAGCAUGCAUAUCAGGAACAAAUAACUUUUAUGUGAUUGCCUAAAUAAGUCCAGUUAAUUAUCAAUUGCAUGAUUGCAUAAGAUUAAUGUGGCAUGCCUCAUUAUAUUCAAUGUUUGUGAAAUACUGAUAUAAUUAUUUGAAAAAAAACUUCACUAAUUCUUUAUGUUGUGCACUAAUAUGAUUUAGAAAACUUAAUUAGUGGAAACAUGAUAUGUAAUUGAGAUUCUAGCUAUGUUGUUAAGUAUUAUAGAUAAUCAGUUUUGUACUCAGUGUCACAUCUAGAUUAGUUGAGAGAGUAGUUUGUAUGUAUUAAGAAAGUAUUUUAAACAUGUCAACUUUCACUCAUUACAUAUGUCUAUUCACAUACAAAUAUAGUGCCUUAUGUAUUUUAAUAAGUCUGUGAUAGAUAUUUGAUUUAUUUGGUUUUUUUCAUAGAAAAAUUGCUUAUAUAAAAUUUAUCUUAUCAACAUAAAUAUAUAAUUUGAUAAAUUAAGAUGGUAAUCAUAAAAUUGAUUGCAAGUAAGGUACUAUCUAGCUACUGUUAUUGUAAUAUUUGUGUAAGGUCAAAUUGAAAUAUUUUUGUUAGUUUCGAAUAGUCUACAAGUUUGAUGAGUAAUGUUAAAAGAAUUUGCAACAAUCAACCACUGCCACAAGUUUUUGUAGCAAUUUUAUAAAUUUCUGUUUUGUACAAAAUUGGGUAAAUCUAAAGUUAGUGCCAAACUUUUGAAACAAAUAUCCUUUCUAUAAAAGUUUUUACAAUUUAGUGUAUAACAAUUUUGAACAUUUUUUUUAACAUUCUAUUAAGAUGCUAGCUAGUUGCAAUACUACAUUAUUUUAGACUUAUAAAUGCUUGAUUACUAAAUGUUAGUGCUUGCUUAUUGCUUAUCAAACAACAAACGGCUGAUCUGUCUUACAAUCAACAUGACACAUUUGGCAUGUAUGAUUCAUGUGUGUAUAAUAAUAAGAAUGACUAAGGCAUUGAAUGUCUUCAUUGAUAAGUCAACAAUUCCUAUAAUGCCUUAACAAGUGACUUUAAACAUAAGUACCUAAAUAAUCCAUCCAAAUCCAAUUAAUGAGGUUGAUAAUUAUUUAUUUGUUAGAGAUAAAAUAGCUUUUUCAUUUAGUUUUAGUGGCAUUAACUCAUAUAUCAAGUAUUUUUUUAGUGCAAAUCAUAUAAACUUUCAUGUAAUUAAAUCAUACUUAUUAAAUAAGAAAUGCCUUUGUGCAAUAAAUGAAACUUAGAGGGUAGUUUUGUUUUUGUUGAUUGAUAUCUAUACAUUUUUGUGUUUAACUAUAUUAUAGAUGAUUUAUUACUUAUUAACAUAAACAUUUAUAGAUAUUUAUAACAAUAAGUAUGUUAAAAUUGAUAUAUGGGAUCUGAGGAUUGCUUAACAUAAUUAUAUAAUUUUACAGUGUCAUAGACUUAUCUAUGUAAAGUAGGUAGGUUAUUUAGAGUAAAGGUGAUUAAUAAUGUUAUUAUCCUUCCUUGUGAUAUUUGUUCAAAAGACAAACGGAACAAAUUAACAGUAGAAUUAAAUUGGUUAGUGUGGUUAAUAAUUAAAACGAAAACGCCUAGUAUGAAAUUUAAUAUUUUAUCAAACUAUGUAACUAGGUGAUUAUUUAUUCAAUAAUACCAAAUAGAUUAUUUAUUUUUCUAUUUAGAUAAACUGCUCACUCUUAAGGUAUUUUAUCUAAAGAGUUAAGAGGAAAGUAUGUUUAUUUCACCACAUCAAAGUGUCUACUUUUAUCCCAGAAACUAUUUUUUUCAAUAAACAUUUUUCUCCUA